GUUAAGGGCUUGUAAGUAAGCAUUUCGCUGUAAGGUCUACCUACACCUGUUGAAUUUGGCGCACGUGACAAAUAACAUUUGAUUUGAAUCAUUACCAUACAAAGGAAACGUCAUUCGUGUCUCGCUGGCAGAAUACUAGUCUGACCCAGAAGACACGAACGUAUCCGGGAGAAAGGUAUCUUAGCAACGAAUAUGUUGGCGGAGUUCAUUCGGCCCAUUGUCCUUUGAUUCUAACUGCAGCGAGACAGUACGGGAAAAUGUACAAUAUAGAAUUUCUUUCGAACCGCAUUGCUGCGGAUAGUUUGGAGAGGAGGCGCAAUAGAGAGACGCAACGUCAAGAUAGAACAAUUAGGAUAGAUAAAGUGGCUCUUGAAUCCCAAGUGAAUGAAAGAAAGAAAAAAGAAGAGGCAGAAUCACUAAAAGCAUAUGCUGCAGAAGCGGUGUGUAACGACAAGGCCGGCCUGUCUACUUAAACAACGCCAACUCAAGGAAGAGCGUCUGCUGCAGGGAGCCAUAGGAGGACUUCUGGCUGAACUUCCAGCCGUGGUGUAGCCGGCGUGAGUAUAACUUAAACAACCCGGACAAAGUUAUGAAUCAGGACAGGAUCCAGAUGCUGCCGGGGCUUGUGGGUGAGGACCCAGACAGCCAGGGGAGGCUGAAGAAGCAGCAGGAGCAGCUCAGAGAGUGGUCCGUCCAGCAGCAACAUGAGCUGGCCACAGCACGACACCAGCAGAGACUGGAAGAGCAGCAGUAUGACCAGGACAGAGUGGACCUGGACAUCCAAGCUCUCCAGCUCCAGAAGAUCGAGGAAGAAAGGAGGAGAUCUGCAGCCCUGGCUACAAAGGAUUUCAAUCUGGCAAAGGCAGCAGAGAAUGCAGAGAAGCAGUGGAAAAAGUGGCAGCAGGAGGAGGAGGACAACAGGACAGACAUCCUAAAUCAGCUUCAGGGGGAGCUGCUGAGUAAGAGCCAGGAGCAGGGCAUCAGUGUGCUGGGUCUACCCCACCUCAGGGCUGACAGUUGCAAGGGCCUCACAAACGAGCAGCUGCAGCACGUCAUCGACUGCCAUCAGCAACGGAUAGAGGAGAAGAGUGCUGAGCAGCAGAAGGAGGAGCUCCACCAUGACCGGCUCUGUGUGACCUCAGCUCGCACCGCCCUACUACUGGAGAGACGGCAGGCCCGCAUUAACAAGCAGCUCCGACGCACCCUGGAUAGCGCCAAUGCACAGCUGUCUGAGGCCCACCAUGAACAGAAAAAGUACUUGGAUAAUGUGUACACUAACAUCCCAGAUGACAGUUACUUCUCCCAGUUCAACACCAGUAGUCGAUAAAGGUUAACAGGGUCAUGCACUAUUGGAGAGAUACAUUUAUUGUCUAUGGAAAUAAUAAAUGAUUUGUAUCACAGCAAAAAAAAGUAUAAUAGUAAUAAUCUGAUGUUUUCUUUCAAUUUACUCAAAAUGUUUUCACUACUUACCAAAUACAAUCAAAAAUCUUCAUAGAGAAUUGUGUGUCCAUGCUUAAGGCUGCCUACUGUUCUACAUUCAUUUGUCAUAACGUGUAUGUGCCUAAUCAGAAUGCCAAAGUGUGUACCUUGUUAAAAUAGGUAUAAUGAAUUAAAUGUAGCUAAUUUCCAGACUAAAUCUGAAAAAGAAAAAACAUGACCAUGUUCUCCAUUAAAUCCCAUUACAAAAUCA